CUUCGGCCUGGGAGGCGCGUCCCAGCCACGGCAAUGGCGGCCUCGCGCUGGGCAAAGCAAGGCAGGCGCCUUCUCCUGGCGGGCCCGGCCUUCGCCUCGGCUCCCCGCCGGCAUUACAAGAAGAAAUGGGCGACCACUGCUCCUCGGGUAUCAUCCAUCAGGCUGGCUCUGCAGAUCUUCGACAUGAACUACGGGACACAGUUUGGCAGUCUUUGGCCUUCAAUCCGUAUCAGUCUCCUAUCCGAGCAGAAAUAUGGUGCUCUUGUCAACAACUUUUCUGAUGUACUGCAGAUAACCCAGCAACUGGAAGACUUGAAUGCAACAGAUUUCAUCUGGGAAUCUAAAACAGUAGUCCAGGAACCUGAUUCUAUAGCUAAGCUAGGUUCCAGUGAAUUAUCCUCUGCCUCAGAAACCCGGACUGAGCUUUCCCUGCAACAAGAGCAACCUGUUCCUUCCCUCAGUCCCAACAUCAAAUGCUAUACAUUCCCCAAAGGAAACAUCAGCACGUUUCAUCCAGCCAAGCCAGAUGUGAUAGGAAUCCUGGGCUAUUAUCUCCUCGAUGCUGCAUCAAUCUUGCCUGUCUUGGCUCUCAAUAUACAGCCGAAUGACUUAGUUCUUGAUCUUUGUGCAGCACCUGGAGGGAAGACAUUAGCCCUUCUACAGACUGGGUGUUGUCGAGAGCUGGCCGCCAAUGAUCUUUCAACUUCUCGCACUCGUCGGCUGCAUGACAUUCUUCACGGAUACCUUCCACAAGAGCUCCAAAAAGUAGUACGGGUUACAUCGUGGGAUGGAAGGAGGUGGGGUGAGCUGGAGAGAAGCACUUUUGACAGGGUGCUUGUAGAUGCGCCAUGCACAAAUGAUCGACACUCACUCAGGGAAGAGGAAAACAACAUCUUUAUGCGCAUGAGAAAAGGGGAGCGUCAGGCCUUGCCCAGGCUACAACUGGAGUUGCUUGUAGCUGGAAUCCUUGCUGCCAAGCCAGGAGGGGAAGUAGUCUACUCAACAUGCUCCUUGUCUCAGCUUCAGAAUGAGUAUGUGAUUGAGAGAGCUGUGGAAUUACUGGCAAUCCAAUAUCACAUUGAAGUACAGGUUGAAGACUUGAGCUAUUUUCAGAGGUUGUUCCAGAGCACGUUUUCUUUCUAUCCAGAUUGCAGAUUUGGAGAACUUGUUCUUCCUCACCUGACAGCUAAUUUUGGACCCAUGUAUUUUUGUAAAUUGCGCAGGAUGAGUUAGAAUGGACAGUACAUGACACAACAGAAGGGAAACUAUUUUUUUGAAUGCCUUUUAAAAUUUAAAGCUGAAAUGCAAUUUGCGAAAACGCUUGAAACUUCUUGUAUUAUCAGCAACAUUUGUGGACAUGUCUUACUUGAUUUUUGUGAAUGCAGUGGAAAAUAACCCUUAACCCGACAUGGAGAGGAUGGUUGUUACACAACCAUUACCCAACAUUUGCAGACAUUUGUAAAACAGUACAUAGUCAUCACUGUGGUCAGUACUGCUUUAUGAAUACGGGUUAGGUAUCCCUUAUUUGGAAUUCGAAAUGCUGAAAUUGGCCAUAUGGGUGUUUGAGAUAUUGAUGCUUUUACUUUCUGUUCCUCAAUUUCCCCUGUUUUUUUCUACAAUUAUCUUCAGGCGACGUGUGCAAGAUAUAGAUGAAACAUAAAUUAUUUUUAUAUGUAGAGUUGGGUUCAAUCUUCAAUAUCAUAUCACAGGGAGUUUAUCAUCAUGUAUAUAUAUGCAAAUACAGGUGUUUCAAAAUAUAAGAAAUCUAUAUCUAAAACACUACUUGUCCCAAGCAUUUUGGAUAAGGGAUGCAUAACCUGAGUUACAUAUGCAUUACAUAUUUAUGUGCUUAAAAGUCAUUUGUUUAUAUAAUGACAACCCCUACUAAUUUUAUUUAUUUAUUUAUUUAUUUCGAACCUUUCUACCCCGCUCCUCUCAACCCCUGGGGGGAAUCAAGGCGGCUUACAAUUGGCAAUAAUCCAAUGCCGCAUCAUAAAAUACAGAAUACAGAAUAACAAAUAUAACAAUUAACAUGAACAUUAAUAAAUAAAGAUUAAAACAGUAUACUUACACUCUGA